GAGUUUGUGUCCCUACACCAUCCCUGGCUGCUGAAACUUUGUGAUUACCUUCUUGUCUCCUCUUCUUUACCUUUUAUAUAUAGAAAGCAAAAUAUCAAAGCUUUUGUUCAAACAUCAUUUGCAGACUCUGUCUCUCUCUCUCUCUCUCGUUUUUUCCUCUCUCACCUGCCUUGUCUAGAAGAAAAAAAAUGGCUGCGUUUGAGGAAAGCUCUGAUUUGGAUGCUAUACAGGAGCAUCUCUUGGAAGACUUUUUGGUUGCUGAUGGUUUCAUGGGAGAUUUUGACUUUAAUGCUUCUUUUGUCUCAGGACUCUGGUGUAUAGAGCCUGUGAUGAAUCAAGUUCCUAAACAAGAACCUGAUUCACCAGUUCUUGAUCCGGAUUCGUUCGUCAGAGAGUUUUUACAAGUGGAAGCUGAAUCAUCUUCAGAGCAGAAUUCAUCACCACAUGAGACUGAUCAGAGUGUCUCACCCAGGAAAGAAGCAAAGAGGUUGGAAGAAGAAGAAGAACCGAGGCAUUACCGAGGAGUGAGAAGAAGGCCGUGGGGAAAAUUUGCAGCAGAGAUUCGGGAUCCUGCAAAGAAAGGAUCUCGGAUCUGGCUAGGAACAUUUGAAAGUAAUGUUGAUGCUGCAAGAGCAUAUGACUGUGCAGCUUUCAAGCUCCGGGGAAGAAAAGCCGUGCUCAACUUUCCUCUAGACGCUGGCAAGUAUGAAGCUCCCGUGAAUUUAGGACGGAAAAGGAAGAGAAGUGAUGUGCAGGAGGAGCUCCAAAGAAGUCAGAGCAAUUCAUCUUCAUCGUCAAGUGAUCUGUGAAUGAUGCAUUUAACAUUCAAAAAGUGUGAUCAGUUUCAUUGUAUAAGUUAAUUGUACAGAGGAAGUGAAGUAUAGGUUAGUGUGUGCUAAGAACUCUUGCAACAAAUUUGUAUGAAUGUUCUGUUCCUUAAGUUAUUGUUUCCAAGAAAGUUCUCUCCAAGGAUUUAGUUUC